CCCGGCGGCCCGCGCUCCCCGGCGGCCCGCGCUCCCCGACCACAGCCGGGCCCGCUUUGCGGCGCCCUUCCCCCGCUCGUCCCAGAGCGUUCUCCCCGGAGUUUCCUGCACAAAUUAUUGCGCGCGCCCCCCCCCCCCCGUCCCGGGAAUGGACGCGGCGGGCCUGGGGCCGUGGGCCCCCUUCGCGCGCGAUAGGGGGCAGAGCGGGGCUUCUGGCGCCGGGAGCGGUUUGAGAGUCCCCGCAGCUGCCCCCAAACCCCCCCCAAGGGCCCCAGCCAGCCCACAACUGCCUUCAUUUUUCUGAGGAGCCCCCUAGUCCCCCCAGGGCUCCCAGCGGCCAACGCGAGAAAGUUGUAGCUCCCCUGGGGGAUGGCAGCGGGGGCUUCUCCCACUCGCGGUUCUGUGAUGGCCGGGAGGGAGACGAUGCGUUCGCUGUUUCAUUCUGGAGUGUUGGGAUGGAGGGGGGAGAGUGAGUGAGAGGGAGUGUGAGACAGACCCACUCACCCGCUCACACACACUCACACAUGCUCACACCCGCUCACACACGCUCACACUUUCACGCACCACUCUCUCACACAUACACACUGAUACUGAAACAGCAGAUCUGCCCUUUACAAAGACGGCUUUGAGUCCGGCGGCAGUGGGAUGGGCUGUUGGGAUAGACUCGGUGGGAGGUGAAAUCCCCCAGAAGCCCCUUUGCCUUCAUCCCCUUCAGUUGUUCCACUUCUGUGAUCCAGAAAGCUGAAGAGGAACCGGCCCCUGGUCCGGCUCUUCCCCCUUCACCCACCUGCCCUCCUGGCUCCUUCCCACCUCCCCCUCCUCCCGCCCCCUUGCCUCCCCCUCAUUUUCUCCUCUUGGAAGUCUUUCUCCCUGUAGUUAGAAUCCCUUCAGUUCCAUUCUUCCCCCCCCUUCCCUUCCAAAUCAGCCUCAGGAUCUCCCCCUCCCCACCACCUCCCCCGGGCUGAGAAUGGGGCCUAUGGGAGACAAUCCCUCUCCACCCACUUUGGGGUCCUGUGUUCCGGGCCUUCCUCGGAGGCCACAGGCCAAGAGAGGGAGGACACUGGGCUUGGUCUCCCUGUCUGCGGGCAGGCACAAUAACAGCCUCCGGCCACCAGUGAACAUGGAUCCAGGUAACAUGUGCUGGGAAAAGGCCUGUGGGAAUGCCGGCCCCCCCAUCCUCGUAUAGUCUCCUGGCCGAGGCCGGACCCUCGGGCCCCCCAAGGCCCCGCCGGAGGGAGACCGGCGCCCCCUCCUCUCCCGCCUCCCUCCGUUCUGGAGCAAGAUUAAGAAUAAACCAGAUUCUUCGGCUUCUCACUGGAAGCCUCACAGCAGGCAUUUCCCCAUCGGGAAACUGAGGCUCAGAGAGGUGGUAAAGGGACUCGGUUAAGGUCAGAGUGCAGGAGGAGGCAGGAUUUGCAUCCAGGGCUCCCUGGCUCCAAACCAGCCCUAGGUUCUAACAGCCCCAGGAGCUGGCCCAGCCCCGUUCCGGGCUUCCCUCCCUUCUAGAUCCUCCCUCAGGAGCUGGCCCAGCCUUGUUCCAGGCUUCCCUCCCUUCCCCCUCCUCUCAGUGCCCCCAAUCCUUACCUGUUCCCUGGGUGCCGGAGCCUUCUUCCUUCGUCUCUUCCCUCCCCACCACAAACCCUCAGGAAAACUCUGAACCUCCCUUCCCCCCCCAGUUGCUCUCCAGUCUGGCUUUCUGGUCUACCGCUCAGAUGCUCCACGGGUGCUUAUUAAAUUAAGUUAAAUUAAUAUUACACGUUAAUAAGUAAUGUCUAAUUAAUGAUAUAUUAAUAUUGAUAAAUAAUAUUAAGUUAAAUAAAACAUCUGCCUACAUCCCUCUCUGAAGGGGGAGCCCUUGACUCUAUGAGGGGGGAGGUGAAAUCACAUGUCCAGGGGUAACAGAGGCUGGAACUCCCCCUUCCUCUCCCUCCUGGCUGAUGGCAGCUAGGGGGCGCCAUACUGCGCAGAGCCCUGCACUGGGAAUCAGAAAGCCUGCUCUGUUCCAUCAGAGCCCUGUGAGCCUAGGCAGGUCACCUCACCCCGUUUGCCUCAGUGUUCUCAUCUGUAAAAUGGGCCGAAGAAGGAAUUGGAAAACCACCCCAGUAUCUUUAUCAGAAGCACUCUCCCCAACCUAACGAUUUUAUGCGAUUCCUGGGGCUGGUUUCCCGUUGAACUGAGGGCUCCAGGGGCAGGAGCUGCAGGACUCCGUGAACGACCCGGAGAUUUAGAGGGAGAAGGGACUUUUUGUGGAAGUUAGUGGGUCUGCCCAUAAGGAAAGCAGAGUCAGGCCCCGCUAAUGGCCUUGUCCAAAGUGACGUCGGGCGGGGGCUGGGCUUGAACUCUGACCCACCGCUUCCAAAGCCAGCUUUCUUUCUCUUUUAUUGAAGCUUUUUAUUUUCAAAGCACGGACGGACAAUUUGCAGAGCCUCGUGUUCCUAGUUUCCCCUCCCCUGGAUGGCAGCUAGUCCAGUAUAUGUUGAACAUGUUAAAAUAUACAUUAAAUCCAAUAUGGGUGAACAUGUUUCUACAGUUCUCUUAUCCAGGAUUCUUUCCAGCACGUUUGGGGUGGAGCCAUUAUGCUCCCCUUUGUCUGGAUGGAUGGGGGAGGUCACCCUGGCUGCCUCCCCCCUCACCCUGGGCUCUCCCUCCCCACGGAAGAGUCUGGAAUUGUCCCCUUGGGGAGAACUCCCUCCCAGGAGGGUCCGAGUCACCCUUUUUGGGAGGUUUCCCCCCCCCUGGGGAGGGUCUGGGUUACCCUUUGGGGGAAGUUCCCCUCCGGGGAGGAUCCGGGUCACCCUUUGGGGGAGGUUUCCCCCCGGGGAGGGUCCAGGUCACCCUUUGGGGGAGGUUUCCCCCCAGGGAGGGUCCGGGUCACCCUUUGGGGGAGGUUUCCCCCCGGGGAGGGUCUGGGUCACCCUUUGGGGGAAGUUCCCCUCCGGGGAGGAUCCGGGUCACCCUUUUUGGGGGGGAAAAUCUCCCCCCCCAGGGCGGGUCCGGGUCACCCGUUUUGGGAGGUUCCCCCCCCCCCGGGGAGGGUCCAGGUCACCCUUUGGGGGAGGUUUCCCCCCGGGGAGGGUCCGGGUCACCCAUUUUGGGAGGUUUCCCCCCGGGGAGGGUCCGGCUCACCCGUUUUGGGAGGUUUCCCCCCAGCGAGGGUCCAGGUCACCCUUUGGGGGAGGUUUCCCCCCGGGGAGGGUCCAGGUCACCCGUUUUGGGAGGUUUCCCCCUGGGGAGGGUCCGGCUCACCCGUUUUGGGAGGUUUCCCCCCCAGGGGAGCAGGGCCCGGGUCAGUCUCUUGCAGUAACCAGAGUCUUGUCUGCAGACCACAAUCUGAUGUUCGUGCGUCUGGGCAAGAAGUCCCUGGUGGUGCUGGACCGGAAGGACCGCCUGGAGCUGGUGAAGCAGGCCCACGUCACCUCCUCGGGCCUGCAUUGCUCCCUGCAGGAAACCAGGAAGAAGGUCUCCUUCGACUACUACUGGCCCAGCCUUGACCGAGAUGUCACCAAGUGGGUCAAGCAGUGUAGCUGCCGCCAGAAGCCCAGUGCGGAGAAAUCCCUGCCCAUCCAGGGGGUCAGCAGCAAGAGCCAGCGCACUCGGGACCCGCUGCCCGUGCUCCAAGUGGAAGCGGUCACUCAGGCUUUCGAGCAGGUGGGCCUGGGCCUGGUGGGGCCCCUGAUGGAGACUGCCAACGGCUUCCGCUUCAUCCUUUUGUCCGUGGACGCUUACUCCCGCUGGGUGGAAGCCGCGCCGUUAAAGGAACAAAACCCCGUGGAAGUGGCCAGCGCCCUGAUCCCCUUCCUGCUCCGGUUUGGACGUCCCCAGCUCCUGGUCACCACGCUGCGAGUUCCAUUUGUGAGCCAGGUGAACCGGAGUCUCCAUCGCCAGCUCCAGGGCCUGGGGGUGCCCCUUGGCAAGCUGGACAUCAUCGUGUCGGCGUUCCAGCCGAAGAUCAAUAGCAUCUUGUCCCUGACCGCCAGCUCCAUCAGGAGGUGAGGACUGGCCGGCCCCGGUCUCCGGUCUCCCCGGACCUGCUGCCCACAGAGAAGCCGGGGAGGGGCGAGGAAUAGGGUCCUUACCAGCUCUGGGGGGAGCCCAGUCCCGAGUGGUGGAGCGGGCUGGAACCCGGGCCCCCUCGUGGUGAGGGGGGCUGGGGUGGAGAAAAAGAAUCUGGGAAAAUGGUGGCAACGUCAUGGCCGGGGCUGAGCUUCAGGGUGUGGCGCCCGAGGGGCGGGAUGGACUCAGGGGACCUGCAGCGGCGGGCCAUAGAGCCCUGGACUGGGGACCAGAAGGCUGCAGCUGAAAUCCUAAUCCUGCCCUCCACUGGCUGGGACAAGAAGCCCAGAACUCCCCUCGGAGGCCUCAGUUUCUUUAUCUGUAAAAGUGGGGGAGGGGAGGGGAAUAUUACUGAGCCGAAGGUAUCCUGACUUGAAAUGCUUUAAAAAAUUGAGGAUGUGGUGGGGGAGGGGUCCGUUCCCGUAGCCCUGGUCAUGGCCCUGGCUACUGUGAGAUGUGGUGGGGGAGGGGUCCGUUCCUGGGGCCCUAACUAAGAGCCCCUGCUUGCUUUCAGG